CUCGACUCGACAAUUCCAUCUUUGUCAGACCAACAAACUAUCGCCAUCGCUCAUCCCGUGCCUACGGACCACUCGCUAUUCUUUUUCGCAGCCUGUCACAGGCAUUCGGCUAUACUGUGUGCCCCCCUCGCCGCCAGCACCCGCGCGCGCGCCGCACCCUCGUCGCAUAAUCCCGAGCUCUUUAUCGAACCACCCUUCCCGAUCGGCUUUGUCGCGCUCGAGGUGGACUGCCAGUCAUGUCGAAGAACCCCAACCAGCUGUUCCUCCUCGCGGACCACAUCAAGCUGUCGCUGCUCGAGCGACAGCGCGCCAAGACGCUCGACCUUGGUGGGGAUUCCAAAGACGGGCACAUCUCGCGCUCGCUUGAGCAGUUCAAGGACGGCUUGGCAGCACUCCGGACGGAGCAGGCCAGGCUGGAGGAGGCUGGGGAUGAAGAUGGCGCCCUCACAAUCGACGAUGCCCUCCCAGGCCUGCAGAAGCAAUACGACGACCUGACCUCGCAGUUCCACGGCUUCGCCUCGCCCGCCACCGAGUCCUCGCUCAUGCAGCCCAACGACCCGGCCCUGUCGGAGGACUUCCGGCACGCAGCCACAAACCCGCGACGACCGGGCGGCGCCAUGUCUGGCAACCGCACCGCCUCCUCGGCCUCCAAAUCCGUGCGCUUCAGCGACAACCCUGCUGCCGCCUCCUCGUCGUCUCCCAAUGGCGGCGGCCGCAGCAGCGAGGAGGACGACCUGGAAGCCCAGCUCUUCGGGUCGCGCUACACGGACGAGCCCGAGGGCGAGGGCUACCGCGACACGGCGUCGCAAAUGUCCAACGUGCAGAUCCACGCGUACCACCAGCGCGUGCUGGACCAGCAGGACGAGCAGCUGGACCGGCUGGGCGCUAGCAUCGCCCGCCAGCGCGAGCUCAGCAUGCAGAUUGGCGACGAGCUCGACGACCAGGUCGCCAUCCUCGACGACGUCGACGCCGCCGUGGACCGGCACCAGGGUCGCCUCGACCGCGCCAAGCGCCAGGUCAACCGCAUCAGCCGGGCCGCCGGGGAGAGCAAGCAGAUGGUCAUCAUCAUUGCGCUGAUUGUGAUACUGGUGCUCCUGAUCGCCAUCACUAAAUAAGUUAAAAAAGAAGAGGGGUUCAGAAGGUGUCUGCUGCCCUGGUGCUGCGACUUUGGCUUAAAGCUAAUCUCGUGUGGGACCGACCACAUCGUGGGCUCAGUCGGCGGCCUCGCCCAUGCAAUAUCGGGGGGCACAAACCAGGGCUGCG